CUCUCCCUCUCUCCUCCCCGACGCCCACCAGAUCCACACCCACCGCCGCCCCCGCUGCCCGGCGCCGCCCCCGCCCCGCCACCCGCUGCCCGGCGUCGCCCAGCCACCCGCCGCCGUCCGGCGCCGCUCCCGCCUCCCGGAGCAGCCCCCCCCCCCCCUCCGCCCCCACCCCACCCGCCGAUGCCCCGCCACGCGCUGCCCGGCGCCGCCCACGUCGCCGGCCCACCCGCCCCACUGCGUCGUCCUGCGACCACGCGUGACCCUCCCCUGCGGCUAGGGUUUUGGCCACCACAUCGCCGGCGUGGCUCCGGUGUUGCUCCGGUCGCCGUGAGGAUCCUCCGGUGGUGCUGGCUGUGCCGUGGCGCGGUGGUGCCCCUGGGUGGCGCCUCCGUGCUGCGGUGCCCCUGGUUGGCGCCUUCGUGCCCGUGCUCUCACUGGUGCCGCCGUUGUGGUGCUCUCUGGCAAGCUCCGGCUUGUUGUGGUGGUGUUGGUUGUGAUGCUGGUCACACCAUAGUGAUGGUGUGGCUGCAUCCUACUUCGGCUACAACUCCUUUUGUGUUUUUGUUAAGCAGGUUGGAAGAAAAGAAGAAGAUCCGGAGAAGAUCUUAGUAAUAAGAUAGUUUUUUUAGGAAAAUAGAUAUUUAGUUUUAGAUCAUUCCUUGUAAUAUUUGUUGGAUAUGUGUUCAUGGAUAUGUGUUGGAUAUAUAUGUGUUCAUGACUAUAUAUUGGUAACAUGUGUUGGAUA